AUGCGACUCAAGCAUGUACAAAUUGUCGAACGAGACAUCAAAGGUGCGAAAGGCUUUCUGAAAGGGACGAUUGUACAUACUGUAGGAAUCAUAGACUUCCCUGUACCAAUAUUUUGGGCAGAAGACGCGGGCGAAAGUCUAGCAUUUAUUGACCAAUCAAAUCAUCAAAAUACUACGCCACUUAACACUUCUGAUGCUAUUGAAAAUUUUCAAUCUCCCUAUUCAUACUUCGGAAUCUUACAUACUUAUAAUCAUAUCACUACUAUUCCUUCUUUCGGAACUACUGAACCAUUCAUUAGUCAAGUACAAACGUUAGAUGAUCAAAAUAUCGC